GCCACCACUGACAAUUCAAGUACCAUGUUUCCUACAAUGUCAAAUGUUCCUGCCUGUAUGGCUUCCCAGGAACUCUCAAUCACAACCUCAACGACAACCACUACCACUGUUACCACCAACACCACUACUACAAUUACAAGUGGAUUCAACCUGUAUCUCAAACCACCAACAUUACCUUGGCAUCAUGACACUGGCUUAAUCAGUGUGGCUUCUCUGCCGGUUACCAUGACUGUAAACUCAAUCGCAACUCCUGUGAUGACCUAUGGUCACCUGGAAAGUAUGGUGGACAAGUGGAGCCUUCAACUACAGGAGCAAGAAAAGCACUUUUUCCACCAGGCCAACCACCUCAAUGUUUGGAACCAGGCAUUGAUUGAGAGUGGUGAUGAGAUUACUCUUCUGCAUCGUGAAGUGGAAAGAGUGAAGCUGGAUCAGAGCAGGUUGGAACGGGAAUUGGAUUUUAUCCUGUCCCAGCAGAAGGAGCUGGAACAUCUGUUGACCCCUUUAGAGGAGUUCGUGAAGGGACAGAAUGGGCCUUUUAAUCUGCUCUGUGUAGAUAAAGAGUAUGAGAGAAUCUACAGAUUAGCAGAAAAUAUAGAUGCUGAGCUCAAAAGAAUGUCUCAAGAUCUCAAGGACAUUAUUGUUCACCUGAAUUCACUUGGAAGUCCUGAUGACACUGCCGAAACACUUCAACAGAUUUGCAGAAUUCUGAAUGCGCACAUGCAGUCUCUGCAGUGGAUCAGCCAGAAUUCAGGCAUAAUGCAGAGGAAGGUAGAAGAAGUUACUAAGGCCUUUGAGGAGUAUCGCCGCAAGGAACAUGGGUGCAACAUGAAGUUUGCCUUUGAAUAA